GCAGCAGGGAUGAUGAUGCUGCUACCUUGUCGCUAGCAGGUCGCAGCUAACUGAGACAGGGACAGUCCGGUGCGGCUACACGGGGGGACAUGUCCCGCCAUUUCUAACGCAACCCGAGGACCGUGUGGGUUUUAUUUCUCAUUUUUUAUAUCGCCUCUACACAAACGGGACUGACCGUCCAAACUCUGGCGACAAUGACGACGCGGUCAGAGAGAGAAAAAGCUCAGAAACUGAACGAGCAGCAUCAGGCCAUCCUGUCCAAACUGCUGAGAGAGGAGGACAACAAGUACUGCGCUGACUGCGAGGCCAAAGGUCCUCGAUGGGCGUCGUGGAACCUCGGCGUGUUCAUGUGCAUCCGUUGCGCUGGCAUCCACCGCAACCUGGGCGUCCACAUCUCAAGAGUCAAAUCCGUCAAUCUGGAUCAAUGGACACCUGAGCAGAUCCAGAGCAUGGUGGACAUGGGCAACAGCAGGGCCCGAAAGCUGUACGAAGCCCACCUACCGGAGAACUUCAAACGGCCACAAACAGACCAAGCAGUGGAAGUUUUCAUCCGGGACAAGUACGAGAGGAAAAAGUACUACGACAAGGAAGCCGUGGCCACAGCUCCACAGAAGUCCUCCGAAGCCGCUCCUCCCUCUGCAUCGCCGUCCUCCCAGCCUGACAGGAGCAGACAGGAGAAGGAGCGAGAAAAGAAAAAAGAGGAGAAGAAGAAAGAGAAAGACGGCGACAAGGUAGAGAGACACAAUAACACAAAGCAUUCAGAGAGCAGAGCCAGUCCCAAGAAAGGCAGCGAGCUGGCCGUGGACCUGCUGGGUCUGGAUGCUCCUGAGGGCGGUGGGAAGGACUCAGGUGGUUCUGCACCAAUUGGCGAUGAACUGGAUAUCUUUGGACCAAUGGUCUCGAACCCUCUCCCCUCAUCCACCAACACACAGCAGGCUAAGUCUACUUCCAGUGCAGCGUCUCCGCAGGUGGACCCCUCCACCUCCUCCUCUGUCUCCUCCUCCACCUGCACCACUACCACCACAAAGGCGGAGGAGAAGAAGAAGCUUUUAUCCAAAGACUCCAUCCUGUCUCUGUACGCCAGCAGCUCAGUGGGCGGCCAGCCGCAGAGCCAGCCACAGCCUGCUGCAGGACAAGCAGGUGCAUACAUGGGCCAGGCGCAGAUGCAGUUCGCUCCGCAGGGCUUCUCCCCAGCGAUGGGCGGAGCCGCCCCAUCGACCACCAUGGUGGGCGGAGGGGCCAUGAUGUCCGGCAUGGCGCUGCCAAACGGGGGCUACAUGGGCAUGCAGCAGCAGGGCGUACCACCGGCCGGACAAGGACAGAACAUGUACAGCAUGCAGCAAGGACAGUGGAGCACAAGCCAGGAGCAAGAAAAAGAGAUCUGAUGCAGCUUCUCUGGGGUUCCAUCCAAGGAGACGGCAUCGUGCAGCGUUCAAGGCUCAUAUCAAGUAUUCCUAAUGACUUGGGGAAACUAUAAAACAUUUGGGCGGGCGCUGUAGCUGAUCAUUUAAAGAAUAUACACAUAGUCUAAAUAAUGGUGUGUUCGCACUACAAGCAACAAAAGCUACAGCUUGGUUAGUCGCCAUUGGAGUUAGUCUGGUUGGACUGGAGCAACAGUUGAGCAACAACAAUAACAAAAAAGUUGAAUGAAGCUCAGACCGUUGCUUCUUAUCUCCGGCCUCCAUUGAAAAUGUGUGGUAGCUCGUUGCUCUCUCAAUGCUAGUGUGAACGCACCAUAGGACUUCUGGGAUUCACUCAGUAAUUACUCGGAUACUCCCCCGGGGUCUCCCUGGGUAUUUUUGGUAGCCAUGCUGUGAUGUUUUGAAGUGAGGAAACUGGCUGGAGAACCAGUUAAAGGUCCCAUAUUAUGCAAAACUCACUUUAUAAUGGUUUUCUAACAGUAAUAUGUUAGAGGCCCUAGAAGUGAAAAUAUUCUGUCACUUCCUUCACUUCGUGCUCCACUUUUUAGCGAAUGUGUGCUCAAACAGGCGGAACUGAGAUUUUUCCCUUCAUGACGUCAUGUAGGGAAAUCACCACUCCUUCCAGUACCACACUUCCUUUGACCCGCCCCCCCCGGAUAGAUGAGCCCGAGCGGGUGCCAUUUUAUCUUCUCAUAAACCCUCAUAAACAUACAUGUCAAAGGUACGAGCAUUGUUGGUUGCAUCAACGAACCGUAACAAUUACCCUUACAAUUAGCGGAAGCUACCAUUAGCUACAUGUCAGUAACUGUAACAACAGAUACGAACAAACUAAGUGUAACAUAUUCAGACACACAAUGUUUUCAACUAAUCAUUAAGAAGAGUCUGAACUCCUUCAGGAACGUCUCCUUCUGGGUCAGAUUCUGGUUCAAGCUGGUAAAGUAAAGAGGGUGUGGAGUGGGCGUGGACAGACACAGCUCAUUAGCAUUUAAAGGUACAGACACAGAAUCAGUCUAUUCUCAGUAGAGCUCACUAGAGCCACUUUUUGAUUGGCUGAAAUUCAGGACCAAGGCUGAAUUUGGGGUAAUACACUUAGAAAACAAUAAUGUUGGACCUCUGACAUCUGUAUGAAAUUGUUGAAAAAAUGUAUAAUAUGUGACCUUUAAGAUAUUCCUCAUUGUUGAAUUUAGCUGAUAUUACCCCACCACCCUACUUUCCUCCACUCCCUGAGGCAAAUUCAUUUUCUGCUGACAUCACAGCGGUUUGUCUUCACUGCACUUUAAAUAGCAGAGCAGGUACCCCGUCUCUCGCUGCCUGAUCAUUGUUGUCGAACAUCGCUUCAUUUAAGCAAACAAACUGUCGAUCGACUUCCAAACGGCCAGGCAGGAAAUCCUGGACAGUGUUUCUCCUUCCAUGUAACGGCGCCGUCUCCGCCGCGUGUUCUUGACAUCCGCCAUGUUCAUUGUGGUGCUUUGUUGUGUGCUGUGCAAGAAAAGCAGCAGUUAGCCUGCAGCAGAUAAACCUGGACGACAAUCAGAGGGCGGGGCGACCGGCAGGAUGGGGGUACGGGCGAGCGGGGCUGGACAGCGAUGGAGACGGGGGACCUGUAUGACGGUUCUUGAUUGGUCCCUAACAUCACUGUCCAGUCCUAUGAAGAACAGAAGAGCAAUAAACCCACUCGGAUGCACACAGGGUCCCUCUGCCAUGCAAUAACUGGAACACUCUGCUGAAAACAUGUUGAAUAAAUCUAAUGUCCUCCAGGUUUAUUUCCAGUGUGUUUACAUUUUCUGGUGCCUAGUACAGAGAAAGAAAAAAAGAAAAUUAAAUAAAAGUGGUUUUCGUGCAUUAAAAACCGUAAAUGUACAGGAAGUUUUCUGUGUUUCUGUCCAGUGGCUCCUGGAACUCUCCUUUCUUUUUCCUCCUGUUCCAGGUUUUAUGAGAGGGGUCAUUUGGAAUAAAAGCUGUUGAAUCCUG